AUGUCAUUUGAACUUGAGCACAGCUCUCGGUAGUGUUCUGUGUGGAUAGAAAUGUGAUUUGCUUAGUGGGAUUGCCCUUCCAGUUUGCUCCACCCAAAGAGGAUAUGGGCUGUUGGAGCAGGUUAUGUUGCCAAAAAAAAGAGCCGUUAGCUGAAGUUGCUGAACUAUUGGAAAAGCCAUGCUGAGAAGUUCGGGGGUAAAGUCCUAUGUGAGUUUUAAUCACAUGGCAUUUUAAGAAUGCUUCAAAGAUGGCGGUAGCUACAGUAAUUUCGGGGAACAGAGUACAAAAAAGUGGCUUUUUGGAGGUUUUAGUGAGGGACCGAUGGCACAAAGUUUUGGCCAACUUGAACGAAGAAGCUCUAACGUUGAGUUGCGAGGACCUGGGAGAGAAUGUGACCCUAAACGGCAUCACUAAUGGAUCUUACGGGUGCAACGCAACUCACCCGGAUCACACAAACAGUCCGAAAACUGCGGCGAGGACAGCUUUCACGGAUUUACAGGAGCAAGUCCCAGAGGCGAUCGCCAACAGAAAAAGAUGUGUGAAAGUAAUAAAGCAAGAGGUAGGAGGACUCGGCAUCAGCAUAAAGGGAGGAAAAGAGAAUAAAAUGCCGAUACUUAUUAGUAAGAUCUUCAAAGGUCUGGCUGCGGAUCAAACCCAAGCCUUAUAUGUCGGUGACGCGAUUCUAUCGGUGAACGGUGUGAACCUGCGGGACGCUACGCAUGACGAGGCGGUGCAGGGGCUCAAACGAGCCGGGAGAGAGGUGACGCUAGAAGUGAAGUACAUGAGAGAAGCCACCCCCUAUGUGAAGAAGGGUUCUCCUGUGUCAGAGAUAGGCUGGGAGACGCCCCCACCUGAGUCUCCGAGGCUGGGUAGCCCCCACUGUGACGUCCCCGUCACCCCCACCAUGUCCCUACAGGGGGACAGGAGGUACAUCCCCUUAAAGAUGUGUUACGUCACCAGGAGCAUGACUUCUCCGGACCCUGAAAACAGGCAGUUAGAGCUGCACUCUCCGGACGCCAAGCAUACUGUGGUGUUACGGUGUACAGACACAGCCUCGGCCCAGGCCUGGUUCGAGGUCAUGCAGUCGGCGACCUCUAACCUCAUCAACAAGGUCAUCACAGAGGUCAAAGAGCACACGGGAAGAACAGGAAUCGCAGGGAGCAGAGAGAUCAGACACCUGGGCUGGCUGGCUGAGAAGACGGAGAAUGAGAAGCAGCAGUGGAAGCCAGUGCUGGUGAUGGUGACGGAGAAAGACCUGCUCCUCUAUCACAGCCUUCCACGCAUGAAGGCAUCCUGGCACAGCCCUGCACACACAUACCCGCUGUUAGCUACACGGCUGGUGCACUCUGGCCCAGACCGAGGCUCUCCCCAGCCGGGGGUGGAGCUGUCCUUCGCCACACGUACAGGAACCAGACUGGGCAUCGAGGCCCACCUGUUCAGAGCUGAGACCUGUCAGGACCUUUCACUGUGGACCAGGCACAUCGUUACGGGCUGUCACUCUUCUGCCCAGAUGAUCAAAGAAGUCACUACCAGUGAGUACCACUACACCGACCCUGCUAUAAGACUGUGUGAGCCCACUGAGCUAAAGCCUUGAUUAACCAAGCCACUACCAGUGAGUACCACUACACCGACCCUGCUAUAAGACUGUGUGAGCCCACUGAGCUAAAGCCUUGAUUAACCAAGUCACUACCAGUGAGUACCACUACACCGACCCUGCUAUAAGACUGUGUGAGCCCGCUGAGCUAAAGCCUUGAUUAACCAAGUCACUACCAGUGAGUACCACUACACCGACCCUGCUAUAAGACUGUGUGAGCACACUGAGCUAAAGCCUUGAUUAACCAAGUCACUACCAGUGAGUACCACUACACCGACCCUGCUAUAAGACUGUGUGAGCCCACUGAGCUAAAGCCUUGAUUAACCAAGUCACUACUAGUGAGUACCACUACACCGACCCUGCUAUAAGACUGUGUGAGCCCACUGAGCUAAAGCCUUGAUUAACCAAGUCACUACCAGUGAGUACCACUACACCGAUCCUGCUAUAAGACUGUGUGAGCCCACUGAGCUAAAGCCUUGAUUAACCAAGUCACUACCAGUGAGUACCACUACACCGACCCUGCUAUAAGACUGUGUGAGCCCGCUGAGCUAAAGCCUUGAUUAACCAAGUCACUACCAGUGAGUACCACUACACCGACCCUGCUAUAAGACUGUGUGAGCCCACUGAGAUAAAGCCUUUAUUAACCAAGUCACUACCAGUGAGCCUAGGUAGACAUUAGCUUGGGGAGUAACUCAAAUCAAGGUUAGUUAUCAUGUUAGUGUGAUUGUAACAUAGACGGGUUUGUCAGUCUCAGUACAGUACUCAGAGCUGCAGUGUUUGGUAAGGGGGUGUUACUGCCGGUCAGUCACAUGGAAGACAUUGAGAAAGGAGUGUUUUUAGAAAGGAAUGUCACUGUGAGAUCCUGUGUGUGUGUAGUCUGUGUGUGGUCUGUGUGUGGUCAGUCUGUGUGUGGUCUGUGUGACCUGUGUGUGUGUGUGUAGUCUGUGUGAGGUCUGUGUGUGGUCAGUCUGUGUGUGUGUGGUCUGUGUGACCUGU